AUGGCUCGGCGGAAGAGGACAAGGGUACGGAGCAGACGUUUCGAGCCGGACCAGCACCAGCCGCUGCUACAUGACGCUCUUACUCCUGCUGCUCUCGCUCCGGCUCCCGCCGCCCCCGCCCCGCCGCCGCUCCCGCUCUCGCUCUCGCUCUCGGCCCUGCUCUUGCUCGCCCACGAAGAGGAGGAACAGACUGAGCACCCGCGGCAGAGCCAUCAGUCGGCAAGCACGACAGAAGACAGCAAGUCAUCGCCGGCUCGGAGCUCGGGCGACUCGUCGUCGUCAGACUCGGCCGACGCUGAUGGUUACGACUCGGCAUCACACUCGCCCACACCACCACCGCAAGGCAGGUCGUCGGCAGCUGCUGGGCUGACCUCGUCCCAAUCGCCGUCGGUGUCGCCGUCGCCGUCGGUGUCAGCCUCGCGAUCGCGGACGUCGUCGUCGGCGUCGUCAAGCUCACGCUCGCCGCCGGCGGUGGAGACGAGCGAGGGAACGACGACGUCUGUGGCGGCGCGGCGGAAGCACGACCCGCAGCUCGCGCUGGUCAUCCCGCAGCGGACAGAGGUGGAGUUUAUGGCCAUGGCUGCGGGCACGUCGGUGGUGAUGGAGGCGCGGGUCGACACCGGGGCGUCGCUGACGGCCAUCCCUGUGGCGCUCAAGCGCGAGCUCGGGCUCAAGGUUGUCCGCAAGGUCAAAAUCCGGACUGGUAUCGACCACACUGAGCGCCGCGAAGUCGUCAUGGUCGGCGUCCGCCUCGGCGCAGAAGUCUACGAGGUUGAGGCUUCGGUCCGCACAGGCAACAAGCUCGGCCGCAUCCCCAUCCUCGGCCGCAACCUCCUCGCCCUCUCCAACUUUCUGGUCUCGGUCGAGACUGAGGAUCUCGUGGACGCGAUGACCAUGCCGCACUACAUUUCGUGGCUCGACGCCUUUGUGGCCCAGGGCUCGCAGGCCUCACCGGCGCGCGCAGACUACCUUUCGCCGGCACACGCGCCGCUGCCGUCUCCGCCGUCGCGCCGCGCGCCGUGGUGGGCCUGCGGCUGCUGCGGCCGCCCGCCCGUAGCAGAUGGCGGCUCGGCGACGCAUGCCCGGACCGCCGUUGUUCCUGGCCGCUCCUCGCCCGGCCGUGGUCAGGCUGCCAACUCGUCGUCGGGCGCGGCCGACGCUGACGCUACCCCUCGCACCGUGUACAUCACCGACUACGCCCGCGAUGACGCCGAUGGGGCAGACGCCAUGCUCCGGCUCCCGCCCUCUCGCUUCCCGCACAACGCCAUUGACGAACUACUUAUUCUUGAGGAAAUGGUCGACAUCGAGUUUCAGAACCCGAUCAAGGCCAUUCCGGGCAUUCCCAUGUCGGUCCGUGUCGACACCGGCGCGUCCAUGACCGCCAUCCCGGUCGCCGUCGCCCGCGCGCUUCGGCUCAAGUCGCAGGGCAAGGUCCGCAUCCGCAUGGGCAACGACGCCACCGAUGUCCGCGACGUCGUUGACGUCGACGUCGUCCUUCACGGCAAGCCGUAUCAGGUCCGCGCCUCGGUCCGCGACGGCGAGAAGCUCGGCAAGACCGCCAUCCUCGGCCGCAACCUCCUCGCCGCCACCCACGCCCUCAUCCGUGUCGCCGACCCCAAGCGCCGCUCGCUCCCGGCCAAGUCCAAGUCCAAGUCCAAGUCAAAGGCAAAGGCCAAGGCAAAGGCCAAGUCGAAGGUCAAGGCCAAGUCCAAGUCCAAGUCCAAGUCCAAAGCCAUACGCUCAUAGGCGC